AUGCCUGGCCCUUGGGGGUCUACCUUGAGGGAGACCAUCGAUCCUUUGCAAUUGAACGAAAUCGAGGCAGAAUACAAGGUAGACCCUCAGACAGGCAAAAGGACGCUUCUACAGCGAAGUGGUCGAUAUUAUACGUGCGAAGAAUGGCCACCAAGAAGUUUUGUGGAAGGCGGCGUAGGUACUCCUGGACAAGGAGUCACGCCUGAAGGCGACGGCGGUAGAGGAGACACUUUUUGCGCGCCAAAACAAAUGGACUCCAAUUGCGCUGGUGAAACAGUGCCGAAGGAAGAAGCAAUCAGAUCUGAACAAGGUGCGUACCCAGUAUCACGUCAUCUCCUCACAUACUCAUCAGAUUUGUUAGAUUGGCAAGGAGCAGCUCAUCUAUCUAUUGGCAACAAACUGCGAGCCAUCGCCAGAAACGAAGCCGGCAGGACCACCCAAACACAGCUUGACAACACGGCUGUCUUCAUAACUGUGCUAUUCUUGAAUGACCCAGCGGGUCAUCCUGCAGGCUAUCAAAUACCGCGUACUGGCGAGACGUCAGACGUAAGCAUCACGAAGCGUGCUGAUGGCGCUGAUCCUAAUGGCACGCCCAUCGAAAGGUUGCGAUACAUGUCCAGCUUGACCUGGGAAGACGUCCGCAAGUGGAAAGGCGAGCACUGGGCAGUGACUCUCAAUGGAAGCACCGUGACGUCCAACGCUACCGGUGCAUUCCUGGAGGAGAAAAUUGCCAGUGACGACUUUUAUGCCAAAGGUGGCAACUUCAUGUUCGACCAAGGUUUCCAAAUGGGCUCCAACCAGUCCAUCCCUGGCGAAGAGUCAGCCUCGAACUCUUCACAUGUCGGACAUACAUCGGUUCCGGUCACGACCAACAGUAGCAGAAUAUCGAAUCACUCGGCGGACCCCCUUGACCCGAAGGAUACGAGAAUGUAG